CGAGCUGGCGAGCAGCGCGGCGGCGAAGGACGUCUAGUUAUGCGCGCCGGUCGGCAAGCAACAUGGAGAACGUGCUGAAACGUUGGACUGUCGCGUCGUAAGUCGCGAGGGGAAGCUGUGUUGUGACCGUCGUCGUCGUCGUCGCCGCAGCCACACCGUUGCGUAAAUGACACGGCACGAUGACGCGGUCGAAGAUCCAGAAACUAAAGUUCUUCAUAUUCCUGCUGAUCUUCCUGCUGGCGCAGACGGCGGUCUGCGACGGGAGUUACCGGGAGAAGAGGGAUGCGCCGACGGACGGGAAGAAGGACGCGGCCGCCGUCGUCGCGACGGACGAGAGGAAGAAUGCCGGUGGGACGGCGAACGAGAGGCACGGCGAUAAGGACGGCCAGAGGAGCGCGGCCGGUUCGCAAGGAGCCGCCGACGCCAGGAAACUGUCGGCCGAAAGCGGCAAUAGAACGCACGACGUAACCUCCAAGCCGGACGUCGCUGCCAACAAAACUGCGCACACCGUUGACACGUCCAGUGAGUCCAGCGAGGGCCACACGUCCUUCAAUACUGGUGCUCUUGUACGUGGUUUCUUAGUCUUCGUGGGACUAAGCAUUCUUGUCAUGGCCUACAUCGUGUUCCGUAGUUUUAGAUUAAGUAAGACGCGUGCCCAGCUGGUUCGGAAAUAUGGUGUCCUCACGCACAGGCAGGACGUCGAGAUGCGGCCGCUGCCACUGGAGGAGGAGGACGACGAGGAUACAACCGUUUUCGAUGCAAGUAAUGUUGUGACGAUCAACGCUCAACAUCAAAACGCAUAGAGACGUGUACCAUAGUGAAAUACAUACCACCUUCGCGUUAUUAUUAUGCGUCAUCCUUGUAAUGUUCUCUCGACAUGUGAUUUUUAAUAACAUCCGACUAACUUUAUCGCAAUCUCUCUUGGAGUAUAAGGCACACAAGAGGACUAUCAAUUGCGAGACCGAUUAAGGCAUUUUUCAACGAUCUUAAGAAGUAAUUUGCUUUGUGCAGCAAGAUUAUUAACAUCAAAUAUGCAUCUGUGAUGCACUUAUUAUUAACGUAUUGUGCUUGUCAGUAAUAGAUGUACUUUUCCUACAAAAAAGAAAAAAAUACGAAACAUUUCUACCAAAAAAAUUCUCCACCCUGUUAAUAUUACUAUGUGAUAACACAAAAUUUUAGAUAUUAUAUCAGCUGCGAGCUAAUGAAAUAAUGGGUGGCUGUAUCUCUACUACUCUUAUACAGAUUAUAUUUUAAUUAUAAUCUCUACGUUGUUAUAAUUAAAAUUAUAUAAAAAAGA